GUACAACAUCACAAACCAUGCUAAUCUAUAAGCAUAAAUCUUUUUCCCCGUAAUUUAACAUUAAUCACAUCCUUUUUUACACAAUAAGUACCGUCUAGAAAUAAUUAUUUAAUUUUCUCAACUAAUCAACAUAUAGUGUAAGUCGUAAGUCCAACAAAAUAUAUGAAAAAUAGUUGUCAUUGAAGUUUGACAUUUUGAGACUCUAUUAAAAUCAUAAAUCACUCGCAUAAUAGUUUAUAUUCGAUAUUUUUGGGUUGAAGACUCGUACUCAUCCAGUUAAAUUCUACACCACUCUGAUGGAUGAUCAUAAGUAGUUAGAGUGCUCACUUAGGUCAUUCAACCAAAAUCAGUACAAUUUUAUCAGGAUAAGCUAACCGACUUAGUUUCAGGACGUGUUUUCGUUGAAACCAACUAAAAUUGCAAUUAAUUAGAUAUAGGGUGUGAUUUUCACGUGUUUGCAACCAAAUCAAUUGAUUAUUUGCUACAUAACUCGUAUGUACGUAUAUUUUAUACUGAAAUUCCUGCUCAUUCUCCCUCUCUUCUUCCGAUAAUAUUCUUUUCAAAUUUUUUUUUUGUGGCAAUUUUGAAAAUAUUCAAUUUAUAUGAAGAUUUUGAAACAAUUUCUAAAUUAUUAGGCAAAAUACACUUGUGUAGUCAGAACUUUGACGGUUUGGCCAAAUAUAGCCAGUUUUAGCGAAAUACCAAAAAUAGCCACUUCCGUCCAAUUGUUUGACGGUGUUAGUUAGCAUGCUGACUGGACUAACGACAAUGGAUGACGUGGGAACAUUUAAGCAAAACAUUUCCAAGUGGAUUUUCACUUAAAAAUUAAAAAAAACAUUCUCCACUUUACUCUCUCUCUCGGCCGCUUCUUUCUCCAUCUCCAGAACCUUCCUCACGUUGAUCUCCUUAAUCUUCCCUUGUCCUUUUUCCUCUUCCUCAUCUGCAACCUAAUCCCAAGUGUUUCACUCCAUCUCAAUCUCUCCACCCAUAUCUGAAACCAUGUCUCCAACGAUACAAAUCUUCCCAACUCGGGCAAAACAAUAGCUCUCGUGAUAGAAAGUGAUGGAAACUUGAAGAUUUUGAAUGGCAUCGAGGACAAAAUUGCUGCCGUGAACCCCCCCGUCCAAGGAGUUACAGGUAAAACAAGUGCCAUUUUACUAGAUUCUGACAAUUUUAUUCUCCGGAAGCUGAAUCUGGAUGGGACGGUGAAGCGGGAGAUGUGGCAGAGCUUUGAUUAUGCAAUGGAUACCCUUCUCCUGGGGAUGAAAUUGGGAGCCGAACUCAAAUUUUCUGAAUUAUUUGCCAACAAUUGGUCGAGAUCCUCAAUCACCGAACGGGUCGUCGUCUUCAAGAGGAGCGCUCUUAGAUCUGAAUCAUCCAAGACUUGGAGACAUCAAUUCAGGGAUUUGGGGUUUUCUCUUUUCACCAACACUCUGUAACAGUCGUCGUCGACCUUCAGCUCGUGCUCGAGUAUACUCCCAAAGCCGAGGCCAAAGCAGCAGAGGAGAUGAGAUGAGAUGAGAGAUGGGAGAAGGAGAAGGAGAUAUAGAGAGACAGAGAGGGAAAUCGCUGCAGUGAUUGAGGGGACAGUGGCGGUGGCGGAUUUAGUGACAGAAUAGUCAGGAUCUGGACGAGGAAGGCUUGCCAGGGGCAGAAGUUGUUGGAAAGAGCUGGUUUUUGAAAUGACAUUCUGGGUUUCUCCGUGGAGCUUUUGGCUAUGGUGGUUCUGCGUUUGGCUUUUGGAGGCUUAUGGAAUCAGAGAGAGGGUGAGAGAGAGAUGCUUGGAGAGAGAGAGGACGGAGAAAAUAAUCAAAAGACUGAACAUAAUUUUUUAUUUCAAAAUUAAUUAUUUUUAUAAUUCAAAAUGACAUGUCAAUCAUAUGCUUACAUGUCGCUGAUGUGUGUGAUGAUUUGGCAUCCCAAUCAGCUUAAAGUUAACGUAACUUACGGUGUCACUGACACCGUUAAAAUAUGUAAAGGAAAUGACUAUAUUUGUCAUGAAACUUUUAAAAUUUUGGCUAUAUUUGUUAUUUUGCCAAAAGUGGCUAUUAUUGUUACAAACGUCAAAGUUUUGGCUACACAAAUAAAUUUUGCCAAAAUAUUAUAUAUAUCAACUUAAAACAUAAUCAUUCAUAGAUUGGACUUUUAGACUUUCUACGAGUCACUUAAACAUUAGUUUUUUUAUAUCAUAUUACGUUUCGUCAACCUUUAAUCUCAUAAAUGAUAAAUAUAAACAAAUCGUACCCACCAAACCAAUCUUGCUCCCUAAAUCACACAUUAUUGUGCAUGUAUGGAUAAGGCCAAGCCUCCUCCACCCUUCAAAAUUCAUGUCGCAUUAUUGAGAACAAACUUAUGCAACUAAUUAAAACGUUCUUGAAAGAUAGGAUUGCAUUAUUUUUGUUACUGACGCGAUCGAUCGAUCCCGCCACUAAGGCUGGGCAACCAACGAAAUUUUGGAUGGUGAUAUAUCAAUUUGUAUGUGGCAAUUAAAGUCGACCUUCCAAAAGCCAAAAAUGGUCGCUCCAUGCAUUAUUGCUAUAAGGGGCUGCUGAAACUGGGCCAGGGAUAUGGGUAUAUACAGUAGUAAAUUUUUUAGCUUUAGUAGAUCCGAUUUAAACAAACAAAUAUAUAUGGCGAGUUCUAUGGUACCCUGGGUGAAAUCCGGGGUACCGCAUACCUUGAGUAUGAAAACACUAUCUAGACCUUGAAUUGACCGAUCUUUCGGACAUGAUACUAUACUCUAACACUUAAAGAUCAAAAUCUAGGUGUUAACUCUCCCAAUCUUAUACUCCAAGAUCAAUUUAAUUAGAAAUAAUAAUCGACGGUUAUGAUUCAUUCAAAUAUAGGCACAAAAAGGAAUGCACCAUCUUAGGGUUUAUAGAUUAUGAUUUAGAUAAUUAUGACCUAGGGUUCACUCAUUAAGGGUUAGGGUAUAAUAUCAGACACAAAAAUCCUGGUAAUUCGAGGUCUAGAUAGAGUUUACAUACUCGAGGUAUGCGGUAUCCCGGAUUUCACCCGGGGUACCAUAGAAGCCACCAUAUAUAUAUAUAUAUUCUUUGUUAAUGUUUAACGAUGAUUAUAUUAUAAAUAGUAUAUAAAAUUAAUUGAUUAUCUAAAAAUUAAAAAUGUCACUCUCAAUGAAUCCUGUUUAAGAUCAUCUUUGAAACAUUAAAUUAUUAUGUGUCUAGGAACGAAAAGUAAGAGGAUAGAGUGAGAGAAAGAAAUGGAGGCUUACAUUUUAUUUAUUUAUUAGAAAUGACACAAAUAAUAAUCAUCUAGCUCAAACCCUAUAAGUACCCAUUUAGGUUUUUUAUUAGGGUAAUGUCUAUUUUUAUCAAAACCCUUGUAAAUUUUUUUAUUAGUCUACAUUCCAAAAUUUUAGUAUUUUAACUAAGAAAAUAUUUACAAAAUU